UGUACAGAGCAUCUCAACCAAGCAAAAGCCAGAGCCAGUGUAGUAGCAGAAAAAGCAGCAGCAAGGAAGGAAGAAAACCUUACCACUAAUCGCCUCUCACACGAAAAUUUUCGCUUUGGCCCAUGUACAGAUACAAAAAUGGUGAAAACAGUGUUACUACCGCAAAAUAUUAGUAUAUUUGAGGUAUCGAAUCAUGACCGAGGCAUCUGAAGAUGAUUUCUUAGUUACAGUUCGUGCACAAGUGAUGGCCAGAGAUGAGAGUACAGAAGGUUGGUUACCACUGCAAGGCGGUGGCCUAGCGAAUGUCUCAAUCCGCAAGCGAGCACGACUGCCACCGGACGGUGGUGGUCACGAGUACAUCAUUUAUGGACAGAGAAUUGCCGACCAAACAGUAAGCACAGCAGUUAUACUAAGUUGUGUCAUUAAUAGAGAUUUGCAGUACUACAAGGUAAUGCCCACUUUCCAUCAUUGGCGCGCCGGGAAGCAGCGGAAUGGGCUCACCUUCCAAACUGCGGCCGACGCGAGAGCUUUCGACAAGGGAAUCAUCCGUGCCUACGAUGAUCUUAUUGAUGGUAUGGCUGACUGUACGACGCGCAACAAAUACAACGAUGUGGAUAAAGUUGGUGAAGACGACGUGUUCAUGACAUUAGAUUUACCCGUGGAACCCUCCGAGUCGCGGUCGAAUUCCGAAGGUAGCGGAAGUCAUCAAAGCGUCGAUAAACAAUCACAGCAGCAGCAAUCCAGUAUUCAAUACAUAUCGGGCGAUAAACCAUCACCUCUGUUAAAGCCUGGUGAUGACAAAGUUACUCCAAUAGUACCUGGUGAUAACUACUCAUACGUUCAGAUCACUGAUUCAUGCGACAUCAAGUUAAAGUAUAACUUCUACAACUUGAAGGCCCACGAAUACAACUAUCCGGUCGUCGAUGAACCCGUUGGAUCGAUCCUGAGCGUACGACGUGAUUCGACAUCUAGUCUUAAAAAACGAAACGCUCUCGACGUACCACCGAUGAAGGAGGCUACGCUAAUUAAGGCCCGAUUACGCUGCAGAUAUUGUCAAGAGUUUUAUAAUGACGAAUAUAAUCACAAGGGUUCGUGUAACUACGCGCCCGACUGCUUCAAGACCGCCAUCGAGAACGUAUCCGGAAUGUUUUGCGCACGCUGUAUGCUGUACCACUGUAUGAAGGACGCGGAGGGCGAGACCGCAUCUCAUCCAUGCUCUUGUACGGCGGAAUCCGGCUGCACAAAGCGUUGGCUCGGUUUGGCGCUGUUGUCACUGCUGGUACCCUGCCUUUGGUGCUAUCCGCCGCUACGCGCCUGCCACUGGGUGGGCGUAUCCUGUCGACUGUGUGGCGGGAAACAUAAACCACAGAUUUGACAUCCGAUCAAAAUCAUUAACCUAACAAGUAUUAAUCGGCUCGACUGAUAGCCAUUGGGCAGCUCUCAAAGCCCCUUCUGAAUAGCAACUAGAGAUGGACAGAGGAAACAAUGAAACCACAUGGAAACACUUGUUGGGCACCCAACAAACCAGCACCCAGGAAAGAGUAAAACACACACACAGACACGAAUCCAAAAGCAACGCAGAAAUCUACCAAAGUGAUAAAAAAGGGGGCAAAACGGAAAAUUGAAUUGAAUGUGUUAUGAAAGGUAACAUGAAACCAAAUCAGAACAGAAUAACAUAGAUCUGCUACAAAAAAAAACCACACAUAAUAACUAAAUAAAUAAAAAUAAAUACAAACCAACAAAAAAAUAUCGCUAAAUGUAGAGAAAGUGAACAGUGAAUCAAUAACUCGUUCGUUGAUGUCUAUAUCUAGCUGAAACAAACAAACAAAAAAAGGGAAAUAAAAUAGGAAGCAUCCACAUCAAAUUAGCGAAAUCAAAAAUAACUUUUGAAAGGCGCAUGGCUGAAAAUCGAACCUGUGGACAGGCAAAUCUUUUGUUAAUAACACAACAACUUUGAAGCUCUAUUUGAAGAUGGAGAAUGGAUGGCAAACCACACCAAGGUAUCAGCAGAUCAAGCAAAAUUAAUGAAAAAAGUUGUGCGCACUAGAGGAAGGUGGAAGAGUAUAGGGUAUAACAGCGAAACAGUGAAGAACAACAACAGCAACAAAUCUGUAUUUUAAUGUCGAAGUGGAAUCUGUUACUACAAAAAAAAAGAAGUAGGCAUAUAUUACUCUACCAUAAAAAUAGUUUCCACAAUCAUAAAAUUUAUGAUUGAAGAUGAUGGGGCUAUUAAAUUCAUCUUAGAAACGUCUACAUUUGUUUUGUUGCACGCGAGCACCAGGCAAAAUAGGAACAAACAAAAAGUGUGCUAUAACGGAAAGCAUUUUCUCGUUUUUCCGGUUCAUCGAGGUAUUACUAUUUAGUUCAAAUACAUUAAGACGACACCUAUAUUUGUACGUCAGUUAGUACAAUGGAGAAAUUUAUGAAUUAUUAGUAUGUAAGCACACCGUUGUUUGAGGUUUUUUUUAUCGAAAUCUUCUAUUUUAUGACUCUAGAGUACGAAUUGUAAGAGAUUAAUGAUUCGUUCAACUAUAAAUAUAUAUAUAUAUAUAUAUAUAUAUAUAUAUAUAUAUAUAUAUAUAUAUAUAUAUAUAUAUAUAUAUAUAUAUAUAUAUAUAUAUAUAUAUAUAUAUAUAUAUAUAUAUAUAUAUAUAUAUA